AAAGUCAUUAUUCCUCUGAUCUUCAAGGGGUCAACAAGUAAUACCAUCAGGAAGUUUUGGAAACUUUUCAAAAUAAUAAUUGACAAACAUGGCGAAUAUUUGCUGUAUACUGACAACGCUACUCUUGGCAAUCGUACCCAAGGUACUGAGUAUUCCGAUUACGGGAACGAUGGGCAUGACAGAGUUCACUGAUGUCGCAACUUCGGUCAUCGAAUCAGGCAUUGAUUUUGGGUUCACGACCCCAAGUUCAUCGUUGAACGCCGAGGGUGACAUCGAUGAAGCCGACGAUGACAUCGUGACCUCAUCGCAAACUGUGGUUUCUGGCGUGGUCGUCGAAGAGGGCAUCGACGAGUCGAAAGUCGAAGUAUUGAAGGCCAACCUCGAGAAAUAUGGGUAUGUUCCCCAGGGUUCGACCUUGGGUCAAGCCAACAUCAACUAUACAUCCGCCAUCAUGGAAUACCAGCAAAACGCAGGCAUUAAUCAAACAGGUAUACUGGAUUUUAAGACCUCGGAACUGCUUAAUACAUCUCGAUGUGGUUUCCCGGAUGUCGUGCCUUACGUCACAUCAAGUGUCACAUGGCCACGUAACGGGCCCGUGACGUACAGCUUCGGUGCGCUCACUAACGACCUCAAUCGCGACGUAGUUAAGAAUGAGAUGCGGAGAGCGUUUCAGGUUUGGGACGAGGUAUCCGGCUUGACCUUCAGUGAGGUGGCGGAUGGUCCUUCCGUUGAUAUCCGGAUCAAAUUCGGCUCCUUCGAACACGGCGACGGUAUCUCAUUCGAUGGUCGUGGUGGAGUCCUCGCGCAUGCGUUCCUUCCUCGUAAUGGCGACGCCCACUUUGACGACUCGGAGACUUGGACAAUAGGGACUCGAUCAGGUACCAAUCUAUUUCAGGUAGCAGCUCACGAAUUCGGACACAGCUUGGGCCUGUACCAUUCUGAUGUACAGUCAGCUCUCAUGUAUCCCUAUUAUCGUGGUUAUAUUCCUAACUUCAGUCUUGAUAGCGACGAUAUCGCAGGCAUCAGGAGUCUUUACGGAAGGAACACGGGAAGACCCACUACUACAACAAGGAGGCCUACAACCAGAACAACAACGCAACGCACUACCACGCGGCAGACCACUACUACCACCACCACCACUCCUACCGGCCCCACUCCUCCCCGUCAGGCCUGCACCGGAUCUUUUGAUGCCGUUCUCAAAGAUUACAACGGAAGAAUAUAUGCCUUGACCGGUCCUUAUUACUGGAGGCUAGACCAGACGUCUGCUUCGUGGGGCGAAGUACAAAACCGAUUUGGAUUUAAUUUGCCUGAUAACGUGGAUGCCAGUUUCCAAAGUGGAAUCUUCUCGUAUUUCUUCUCCGAGUGCUAUUACUAUUACCAAACUUCCACACGUCGAUAUUUCCCAAGGAUACCUAUUAACAGAAGUUGGGUCGGUUUGCCCUGUGAUAUCGAUGCAGCAUACAGAUCGGCGAGAUAUGGUGCAACGUUCUUCUUUAAAGAUGGGUUCGUCUACAAAUACAGCACCGAGAAUGAACUCCGAAGGCGAGCACGCAUUUACAACAUUUUCGGGAAUGUGCCUAGCGCUCUCCGCGAUGGAGUUGAAGCAGUUGUGUCCGUCGACAAUGUCUACGUACAUUUCUAUAGGGAUGGGCGAUAUUACAGGAUGCGAGACGCCGACAAGCAGUUUGUGAACUUUCCCAACGGUCUGCCGUAUAGAGACGUCAAAAAUACACUGACCCCACAAUGCCGUGGUCUUUCGUUAAUAGAAGAAACGGAACAUUGCUCGAAUUCAAGCUAAAGCGACCACCAGAAGUGACUUUCAAAUAGAAAACAUUCUCUUGCUAGAAA